AUGGCCGAAAAAGGUACCGCAUCAAUAGAGCUGGUCUCUGAAGAUGGGCCAGUAGAUUUUAAUGUGAUGAUGCAAAAAGGUGUCACAGCUUUAACAAAAUUGUUACAGGAUCGGAUACAGGAAGAUCCAGAUUACCUGAACCAGAGCUCCAUGAAGUUUGUGCUAAAAAACAAUACCGUAACGCAAGGAGAGAUCGGAUCCCAAAAUUCGAAAGUACACAAAGUUUUGGUGAACAACCACGGCACUCUGGAUGACACUAGCGUUGCUAGAGACAUAUCAGUAACUGUGGAUGGCGGCCCCGAUGUAAGUUUAGCUGUUGAUACCGCAACUGGCGAGCCGUCGGACCCGGUCUCGUCCCGAGGUAUCCCAUUCGCAGAAAUGCGCGAGGAGGAACUACUAUUCGACUACGGGGAAGCUCCGUUGCCCUCUAUUCAACAAGAGUUUGGGGAAAAUAUCAAUAAUCUUAUCUCAUCCAUGCUGCCUCCCGAAAUGGCCAACAACAGCAAUAUCAAAGAUCUACAACGACGAAAUUCCAAACUAGGCUCGACCCUAUCCACGCCAUCGCGCAAGGCAUCCUCAUAUUGCCGACGGGAAUCGCAAUCUCUGCAGAAGCCGUCGGAUUUUUACUACCUCGAGAAGUCUCAGCAAAGACCCGACUUUAGCUGUUUGACCGAGAAUAAACCCCUCUGCCUUUUCUGCGAAUACUUCUUCGUUUUUGGUACCUUACCAAAAAACAUGCUAAAGUGGUACAGUCGGAUGCAAGGUGACGAACAAGAACCGUGCGAGAACAGUCAAUGCGAGAAGCAUCAUAAACGGUAA